AUGUUGUUCCAAGCUGUUACGAUCGCCGCCGUCCUCGCCACUGGCGCCAACGCCCACUUCCGACUUUUGUAUCCUGAGCCCCGAGGACCCUUUGUGGGCAACCUCCAGCCGACUUUCUGCGGUGGAUACCCCGAUGUCACGACCAACCGAACUGUCUUCCCCUUGAACGGUGGCCAAUUCCGUAUCCGACAGGGCCACGAGGACUGGGUUUCCGCCGUGACCAUCUCGACCGCCGACAACCCCAACAGCUUUGACGCCUUCCGCGCUGACGGGGAGGAGCAGUUCGUCAAGUACUGGGCGCCCGAAGCCAAGCCUGGCAAUUUCUGUAUUCCUUUGGAUAUUGGUGCUGCUGGUAUCCCCGGUGUUGAGGAUGGAGCGAACGUGACUAUUCAGGUUACGCUUGAUGGACCUGAUGGUGCGCUUUACCAGUGCGCCGACCUGACCCUCUCAAGCACCGCCGAGGUCCCAGAAGAUCUCGGUGCCUGCACCAACUCGACGUCCGGCGGCCACGGUGCGAGCCCGAGCGAGAGCGGUGACGGUGCUACCCCCUCUGGCGGUGCUGACGGCGGUGACGAUGAGGAGGAGGGUGGAAGCCAAGUGUUUGGUAUCAACUCGCUUGUGAUGGGUGUUGCGGGUGUUUUGGCUGCUGUUGCUGCUUCGCUUUGAGCGUGAGCGUGAGCCUGCCUGCGUGAACCGGGGGGUUGUGCGAGGGGUGUGUUUGUGGCUUCCCCGCUCAGGCUGCUGUCCGCCCCCUCCUCUUACUCUUCGCUUAUGGGAGUCGACUCGCACCCUUUCUGUGAUGACUCGUGUUACAUGUAUGUAUGUAUGUAUUUACGAAUUUGUACGAUUUUUCUUUUUUAAUAGUACGCGUUGGAGAAAAGUUUUGUGAUUUCAAUG